GGCAGGGGGCGGGGAGCGCGGCCGGCGGCGCUCGGGUCCGCCUCUGACUGCGGCGCGGCGGGGCGAUGUGUGAUUACCAUGGCGAGGAGUCUCUGUCCGGGGGCCUGGCUAAGGAAACCCUAUCACCUCCAGGCUCGCCUCUCUUACGUGCGGAUGAAAUAUCUUUUCUUCUCCUGGCUGGCAGUGUUUGUUGGCAGCUGGAUUCUCUAUGUGCAGUAUUCCGCCUACACAGAGCUGUGCAGAGGAAAGGACUGUAAGAAAAUCAUAUGUGACAAGUACAAGACUGGAGUCAUUGAUGGGCCUGCGUGUAACAGCCUGUGCGUCACAGAAACUCUCUACUUUGGAAAAUGCUUAUCCACCAAGCCCAGCAACCAGAUGUAUUUAGGGAUUUGGGAUAACCUACCCGGUGUUGUGAAAUGUCAAAUGGAACAAGCACUUCAUGUGGAUUUUGGAACUGAAUUGGAACCUAGGAAAGAAAUUGUGCUAUUUGAUAAGCCAACAAGGGGAACUACUGUACAGAAAUUCAAAGAAAUGGUCUACAGCCUGUUCAAGGCAAAGCUGGGUGACCAAGGAAACCUCUCCGAACUGGUGAACCUCAUCCUGACGGUGGCUGAUGGAGACAAAGAUGGCCAGGUGUCCCUGGGAGAAGCCAAGUCAGCCUGGGCUCUUCUUCAGCUAAAUGAAUUUCUUCUCAUGGUGAUACUUCAGGAUAAAGAGCAUACCCCCAAGCUAAUGGGAUUCUGUGGUGACCUCUAUGUGAUGGAAAGUGUCGAAUAUACCUCUCUGUAUGGAAUCAACCUUCCCUGGGUCAUUGAACUCUUUAUUCCAUCUGGGUUCAGAAGGACCAUGGACCAGCUGUUCACACCAUCGUGGCCAAGAAAGGCUAAAAUAGCCAUAGGCCUUCUCGAGUUCGUGGAAGAUGUUUUCCAUGGUCCUUAUGGAAAUUUCCUCAUGUGUGAUACUAGUGCCAAAAACCUAGGAUAUAAUGACAAGUAUGAUUUGAAAAUGGUAGACAUGAGAAAAAUUGUGCCAGAGACAAACCUGAAAGAACUGAUCAAGGAUCGCCACUGUGAGUCCGAUUCGGACUGUGUCUAUGGCACAGACUGUAGAACUAGCUGUGACCAGAGUACAAUGAAGUGUACUUCAGAGGUGAUACAGCCGAACUUGGCAAAAGCCUGUCAGCUGCUCAAAGACUACCUGCUGCGUGGUGCUCCCGGGGAAAUACGUGAAGAGUUAGAGAAACAGCUUUACUCUUGUAUUGCUCUCAAAGUCACAGCCAACCAGAUGGAAAUGGAACAUUCUUUGAUACUAAAUAACCUAAAGACAUUAUUAUGGAAGAAAAUUUCCUACACAAAUGACUCUUAGUUCAUUUGGACACUGUUGCCAUUGUGGGAAACACACCACUUCUGAAUGGUUUUGAACAUUUAAAAAAAAUUGCUUCUAAUUCAGAGGUCGCCCCCCUGCCCAGGCUGAAUAUGUGGUUACUGAAGGGUGGGUGUUAGAUCACCAAGUCCAAGGUCGACCUUACGCCUUUCAGAAGCUGUUACUGCAGUCCCCAGUACUCACUGUGUUAGCUAUCGACUAAUGACUGAAACAACGCUGUGAAAAGCCUCCUUCCAUAAACAUCAAGUGUUUUGUAGAUUUGUUAGCCAAAAGACCAUUGCUGGAAACAUUUGCAUUGAAGCUGCUGUUUUAAAAAAUUUAUAAACAAAUGUACUAAUGUCUUAGCAUGGUAAAGUUUGCACAUUAACAGAAAUUAAAACUGCGAAACAGGUAAAUUAAAAGUACUCCUUUAUAAACA